AUGAAAACAACACAAGUACCACAACAUCUCAUUCUUUCCUCCCUCUGCCUUCCAUUAGCUUCAACAAUGCCUCACUUCAUUUUCAUCUUGAUUCUUAUUUUGUUCAUUAAUGCAUUCAUUUUGUAUCCAAUUGAAGCAGAAAUGAAUUCGGUAAGCUUUGAUCUCAUUCAUCAUGAUUCAAAGCUCUCUCUGUUUUACAACUCAUCCAUGACAGAGUCAGAAGUUUCAUUAAAAGCCGUUAUGCGUUCGCUCAAUCGACUCAAUCACUUCAAUUCAUCUAUGUCUAUUGAUGCAAAAUAUGUGCAAUCUGAGUUGAUUGCGGAGGACUAUUUCAUGACAUUUGCUAUAAGUGAUCGCACUAGUACUCGACUUGCUAUUCCAAACAUGGGAAGUGACCUUAUUUGGCUUGCAAUGCUCUGCAACAUACUGAGAAUGGUCAAUCAAAUGAGUGUCGAUACAGGAAUCAACAUAGCAGCGAUGGAUUUCUCAUCCUCCGGAGUGUUAGGUAACGAGACCUUCUACUUUAGACUCCCCGACAACAAAUAUAGAGAAUUCCCCAAAAUAGUAUUUGGAUGCGAUGAUGCACAUAAAGAUGAACUCAAAGGAGCUGUUGAAGGUGUUGUUGGUCUUGGACAAGGGUUGCUAUCACUGGUUGCUCAAUUCGGAAGAGAAUAUAAGAAAUUUUCCUACUGCUUGGUUGAGAAGUCAACAGAAUUUUAUAGUAAGAUUAAAUUCGGAUCACACAUAAAACUCUACCACCAUGAGGGCCAAGAAUAUAAUGUUAAAUUCACCCAAAAUCCUCAAGAUCCCCACUACUACCUCAACCUUGAAAGCAUUAGCGUUAAUGGUAACAAGAUAAACCUACCCAAUACACAACAUCUUUCUAUGGCAGUCGAUAUUCAAACAGCCCAUGCAUCGUUGCCUCCACAUCUAUACGCUCAAGUGAUUGCCAUGUUUACAGAACAAGCCAGUCGAAUUAUGGCACUUGCUUCCUGA